UCGAGACUUCAUAUUGUGUUAUACGUUCCGGACUUGCGAACUUUACUACCGCUCGCGAGAAUAAUUGAUAAGAUUGUAAUGUAAUUUCUGAUAAACAGACAGCGGAAGUAAUACGAGGAAACGGUGACGUGUUGUUAUUAUGCGAUCGGAUAAACGAUCUGCAUAUCCUACACGGGAACAGGAACACGAAACUACUGCGCAUGCGGUUGAGGAAAACAUGCAGCCGUAUUUGGAUCCACGAGUAACUGAAUCCGAGGGAAAAGCAAGACACUUCAGUACAUUUAUUUACGACUGCACAAGAUGGUGCGAAGUUCGUUUGCCAAGGAGUAGAUCUAAUGGCCGCGCAAUAAGGAGCAGUGCAGGCACUAAUGAUCGUAGAAGCUAUACAGACGGCACAGCUACACAUCCAUUAGGGGAAAGCGAGAGAAAGAGGAAGGAAAAGGAAGGCACGGGAUAUAGAGUGCCAUAAAACAGUCAGGUGGAGGGACCACUGAUCUGGUACGGGGGCAGAGGCCACGCAGAAAUUUUUAUAAAUGUGAGUGUGAUAGUAAUAAAGAAAAAUAGAAAUAGAAGAAGG